AUGGACUUUUCACAGAAACUGAGAAGGGCCACAGGGGCAGGCCGAGGUAAGAGACUGACAAUCUUCAGGUGAUUAAGGAGACUCAAAGGCUAGGUAGACCUACAAAAUGAAUAACUAUGGACCCAGAACCAUGCCAUAAGGCUCAAUGGCUUGUGAUUUGCAAGUUGAUAAGACAAGAAGAUUAAUAAUGCUGCAUGAUAAUGGCUGCUCCCUCUCAGCUGGGGAGAUGGUAAUGAUCUGAUAUUGCUGUAGGAGCAGUUCAGUGUGCUGCAGAGAGGAGGGUGCGGAUUCACUCAUCCCAAUUGGCCCCCAGGAUAUAGAGAUUUUGAAAAAUGGGAAUGCAGUUACAAUUUUAAUUAGAUAUAAAGUUUUUAAUAAUUUUGCUGAAAUGAGGACUUCAAAGAACAUAUUUUGCAGCAUUCAGGCCCAUAACUCCUGAGUGACAGUUUUGGUUAAUUUGCAAGUUUUCAGAUCAAACUUUGCCCCUGGCUCCAUGCUGAGGGUAAAGUAAAAUGUCAAUUUCUUUCCUCAGUGAUCUCAAGCAUCUUAUUUAGGCAGGUGUGCUGAAUUCUCUUAUUCGGGAGAUGUUAGCGGAACAAAACUACUCAUUAAAAUAUAUGCUUCAGUUUUUUUUUUUAUUGAAAAGAAAAAGAAGAAAAAAAUUAGCCACAUAAAUAAAAUCAGGAGUAAUAAAGGGAAUCAAUCAGCAAGAAAGAUGUACAGCAAUAUACAGCAUAAAAUUUUAAAGAAGAAUCAGAGUAAUAUUGUAUAUGAAAGGUGAUUAAAUGUUAGCAUAUGAUUAUACUGUCAUUGCAUAUUAUUAUCAAAGAAUGUUUAAUUUAUACCCUUUUUUUCAAAUUAUAGGUAGUUGUGCAAAAGGUUUUCUCCCCCCCUCCUGUUCUAGACCUCCCACCCAAACCGGAAACCAUUUAUGUUAGAGAUUUGAGGUCCUGAAUUAAUUACAUUUGAUAUCCUGAAGUACAUUAGUUUUUUGGCAGCCUACAAGCACGAAUAAUGGAGAAGGGCUGUUGUCAGUCAAUUGAUAGUCGCGAUUCCGCUCCUGCCUCCUCUGUUUUGCUUCCCAACUUGCAACCUGCAGGAAGAAAACAGCAUCUGCCAGGCAGUGGGUUUAACAAGCACCCUCUCGUGAGAAGCACAUUAAAACAAAACAGAAUGGAAAAGGUGCUACAACGCAGAAGCAAACAGCAAAUUGGUGGAAAUAAGUUGCUUGUCAUGCCUUAUAUAUGGAAACAUUUCCUUGUUUGAGACACCACCUUGAUGAGACUUUCUCUUUCUCUCUCUUUCUCCUUUUCUCCCUCUUUUGCUUCCCAGGGGUAUAUGUGAUGUUACUUUGUUUUCAGCACAAGACUGCUGAAGGAGCCCCUCUCGGUCGCCAGCAAAAGGGCCAGCUCCGCGAAUCGUCUCCAAGGUCAGCGCCGUGGGAUUUCCAUUUGCUUCCUCGAUGACAGUGUUGAAACAUCGGAACAAUGGAACCUGACUGCUCAAAACUUCUCAGAGCAUUUACAGGUAGAAGUUUGCAAGUUUGGGAUCAUUUGAACUAGCGGUGUUAAAAGCAGCCUGAAAUUAAUCCGGACAACGAGCUUCAUCUGUUAUUUAUGCUAGGUCUGACGCUUAGCGUCAGAAGCACUCCAAAGAAUAUUUAAACAGACCUUGAAUAAAAAACACGCACAGGGAAGAAUCGGUGUUGUCAUCUCUGUAGGAUGAAUGUAGCGCGUUGCUAUUCUGCAUUUCCCCCCUCCCCCAUCACUUCUGCUCUUUUUGAAAAUCUCCUUGGCACGCCAGAUCACUUCCGCAAGCUCCUGCACGAUGAAGUUCUUUCCGUGCUGAACAUCACAUCGUAGGUAGUGAGCUCAGCGCCCUUUCUGGCGUGCCUCAGGAGACAACUAACUACAAAGUGAAGCAUACAAGACCUAGAGUCCACUAAGAGACACUUCACACAUGGCCUUCCCCCUCUUCCCCUGCCCCCACAGAUAUUUCUGGGUAGGGGGAAAUAGUUUUUAAAAAGACUUAAUGUGUGAAGAAGGCACAUGAUUGUAUGUGUUGGGAAGAGGUGGACUUCCAAAAUGUGAACCACAGCAAAAUAAUUCAUUUCCUCCCCAUGAAUUAACAUGCAUAUCCCUUCUCCCAGUGCUUUUCAUGCCACAUAAUGGCCUCUCACUGACAUGGGUUAGCCUUUCUUUGUGUCCACACAUUUUGCUUUAUUCAGUGCUAGUUCAAAUUGAAAUAGCAUUCAUGCUAUGGCAGCACAACUCAGAGAAGCGAUGGGUGGGGACAGUGAGCAAGCCAGCAAGCCUAGCCAUCUUUGAGCUUCGCUGUUGCCACCAAGCGGAUAUCUUUAGCCCUCAGUAGGGACGCAGGUGGCGCUGUGGUCUAAACCACUGAGCCUCUUGGGCUUGCCGAUCGGAAGGUCAGGGGUUCAAAUCCCCGUGACGAGGUGAGCUCCCGUUGCUCUGUCCCAGCUCCUGCCAACCUAGCAGUUUGAAAGCACACCAGUGCAGGUAGCUAAAUAGAUACCACUGCAGUGGGAAGGUAAAUGGCGAUUCCGUGCGCUCUGGUUUCCGUCAUGGUGUUCUGUUGCACCAGAAGUGGCUUAGUCAUGCUGGCCACAUGACCCGGAAAGCUGUCUGUGGACAAACGCCGGCUCCCUCGGCAUGAAAGCGAGAUGAAUGCCACACCCCAUAGUCGCUUUUGACUGGACUUAACUGUCCAGGGGUCCUUGGUUGCUUCUACCUCUGGUGUGUAUUAUUAUUAUUAUUUAAAAAGCUAAGGUUUGAGCAAUGCACCAUACAAACUAAAAUAAAUAAAAAUAACAGGAAAACACAUCAGUGCUCAGCUUCUGUUUUUGGAAUCCUGGAUCUUCCAUAGCAAGGGUGUCUCCCCAAUGUUGCUGGACUCCGACUCCCAUCAUCCCUGACCAUUGGCCAUGCUGGAUGUGCUUGAUGGGAGUUGAGUCCCAACAACAUCUGGAGGGCCACAGUUUUCCUGUACCUGCACUACAGUCUGGUUGGCUGCUUUCAGUACUGUCUUAAAUACACUGGACACUCGGGUUGCGAACGUGAUCCGUGCGGGAGGCACAUUUGCAACCCGCAGUGUUCACAACCCAUAGCGCUGUGUCUGCGCACGCGUGGGUCGCGAUUCAGCGCUUCUGUGCAAAGCGUAAUUUAGUGCUUCUGCGCAUGUGCAAGCGCCAAAACCCGGAAGCAACCCGUUCCGGCACUUCCGGGUUCGGCGCAGUGUGCAACCCGAAAAUACACAACCUGAAGCAUCUGUACCCCAAGGUAUGACUGUAAUUUUCUCCCUUUUCCAAAUAAGUCUUGCUCAGAGGACUUGAAGCACUAGCUGAGCAGGACUUAAGUCUGCUAUGUGUUCUGAAAAUGUUGAGAGUGAGCUUGGAAUGGAAGUAAGCCUAAUGAAAUCCCAUGUCUCCCAGCUUAAUUGAUAUCUUAAAUGUUUAUCUAACUGGGCUAGCAUCCUAUACCUUUCGGGAUGAAAUGUCAUUGCCUUCUAGUGAUUAUUGUGAGUGCAGCUGAGGUUUAUUUGUUCUUCCGUUGGAAAUAAAAACGUGUAUGUGGUCCUUUGGCUUCCACUGGAUUUACGGCGGUGUGGGUGGUUCUGUCACACAGGGUGCCAAGCCGAGGGGGCGUGUAACUGAGAAGAUCCAUUUGGGGGGAACCAAUCUUGGCCUUGCACUGCACACAAUAUUAUGAAAGAUUACCAAAGUCAGUCCCUGCCAUAGGUGAUAGUAGGGUUCAGCUGCACAUGUAGUCUACUGGAUCGCAGGGUUAAGAACAUAAGGAGAUCCUGCUACAUCAGGCCCGUGGCCCAUCUAGUUGCACGUCCUGUUGUCACAGUGGCAAACAAGAUGCCUAUGGGAAACCCAAUAGCAGGACCUGAACGCAACAGCAAUUCUCCCUCCAGCAACUGUUAGUCUACCACCCACAGUGGAGAAUUGUUUUUUUAAUGGUUAAUUGAAUUCUUUAUCCCCCUGCAUUCCAAAACCUCUUCAUUUGCUCUUUGAUUUUAACUCGCGUGUCCACUUUAUUUAACCCACCCAUCUACCUUAUUUUAGUAUUUUUUUUUUAAGGGCAGAAAAGAAGAGAGAGAUCUAUUCAUAAGUAAUAUGAAUCACCUCAUACAUUUAAAAAAGUACCAAAUGUUCAUCAUGAAUGAUUAAAACAGCACGCAGCCAUGAUGCUUUGAAAUCCAACAAUAUUUUGCACAGUAUGUACAUGUGGUUUAUUAGGUGAAAUUCAGUAAGGUGAGUGCUCUGUAGCACUUUUCUAGUCUGUUUUUGCAGCUGGAUAAUCCAUCACAUUCAGCUUUUCCCACUUCAACCAGUGCUUGUUAUAACUCCUCAUUUUGUGUCCAAGUGUUAAGAUGAUGGACAGCAUUUGCUGAUUCAAAUUUAUCUGUGCUUUAAAGAGAGAGAGAGAGUUGGAUAUCAGCUUUCAGAUGCCCAAGUUCUUUGCCCCUUGUUGACGUGCUUCCCUUUCUGGUUUUGGCAUUUAUUCACAUGAAUUAUUUUGUUAAAAAUAUAGAAUUUAUGAAUUACUAGAACACAGGAUGAAAAUAACCAUUUGUGCAACCAUUUUAUAUAUAGCCAUUAUAUAUAAAAACAAUGAACUCUGUUCUCUGACUGUGAAUCCUUAUGUAGUCAAAAUGGUUCCAUCCCCCCACACAAGAAGUAGGUAUCAGCGAACUAAGCAUACCCCAAGGUUUGCAGAAGUACAAAGCAAAAAUUAUAGGGGGGGGGGAAAUCCAGCUCAUUAAAGACUGUGGAUGUGAAGAGGCCAUUGAAUGUUUGCUUACCAUUGGGUUGGAGUGGACAAAAUAGGAAAAGAUGGAUGGAAUGGCAUAUCCUGAAAGUGGGCACAAUUGGCUGACUGAACAACAACACAACAACUUUUGUUGCAGGUCAAACGAGACCCCUUUUUUUGCUCCUCAGUGUCUCAAGAAUCAGCCCUACACUUUGCCGGACUCUGAACCAAAGGAAUGGGUGAGAGAUUUCAGUUGA